GAGGAUUACAAGAAGCGCAAAAGCAAGUAACAAUUACCGCUGGGAUGAGCAACGAACCUUCCAACCAAAUACCAACUUCUGUCCCACCUAAUCAUGAUCUACCGGCUCCAUCACUUCCGGGUGCAUCUUUUGGCCAAGUUAUUACAGGAAAUCAAGUCGCAGCUGGCUCCGCACAAAACCAAGUGACAAUUGGAGGGAGCACCUCUCAGACAUCCGUUCAAGGACCCAGUUCUGAUUUAGGUAUCAGUAUUCAGCAAAGCUCGACUAUUACUGGUGGAACCCCUGUGGAAUCCACACUGAGUUCCACACAGUCAAGCUCCCAGGCCUCAGUGCCGUCGCAGAGUGCUAUGUCAACUUCGGGUCAGCAACAAACACAAACACCUGCGGCCGUCCCUUCCGGGCCAGCGAUUCAAGUUACCCAGGUAGUCACAGAGGGGACGCAACAGACAGCAGGUGGCGCCGAGGCCAGCUCUCAGGCCUCUUCGCAGACGCGGACUUCAAUUUCAACUCAGGGUCAGCAACCAGCUCGAACACCUACCGCUGUUCCUCCUGGGCCCGGGCCUCAAGUUCCACAAGUAGACACAGGCGGCUUCCCACCACAAUCAACAACCGGAGCGGGAGCGACCUCCCAAGUCUCGACGCAGACGCAGAAUUCACUUUCAAUCAUAAGCCAGCAACAAGGGCAGCAACCGUCAGGUUUUGCUACAAAACCAGGACUUCAAGGCCACCAAAUACCAACGGAGAAAGCUUCAUCGAGUGGUGCAACAAGUGCCCCCCAAACCACCAGCCGAAGUUCAAGUUCUGGUUCACCGGUGAGGCGUGGACAGGUGUCGAGUGGAUCCGGUAUACAGAUUAGCCCAGAGCUUGAAAUCGUUGCAGCAGGAACGGGCCCAAGGCGAAAUCAAGUGACAACUGAAUCAAGGCCCUCCGACACCUCCGAAGAAUCACUGUCUCUUGAUUUAGGCCUGGGUGGUCCUAGAAAUCCAUUGAAUAUAGGUGCAACGAGCGUCUCCAGAACACUAAACCGUGGAAGUAAUUUUGGUUUACCACCACGCCUUGGACCAGUCUCGCCCCAGUCCGGCGCAAUUGUCCGCCCAGAACUUGAAAUAGUCGGAGUAGGAUCAGGCCGAAUGCGAAGACCUCCAUCAGGCCCACGAGCAAAUCGACGAACUACAGGAACAGGCCUCACCAGUAUCUCGGGCAAGCCAGGGAAUUUAGGUGUAGGCGUCGCUCCUCCGCGAGUUCCAUCGACUAGUGGCCAAACUGAGAAUCAGCCUGGGGAGACAAGAGUGCCCCACAUCCCCGGCGAAACACCCGGUGCAGGCCUAGUUGCGGGACAACGACAACCUUCAUCGCCUGUAGGUGCACCUAUUGUUCCAGGACUUGAAGUACCCGGAGGCGCAACAUCACGAGGCCCGACAAUCUCCUCAGGAACCAAUGCCCUAAUCACUGGCAGUACACCGAUCCCGGGAAUACAUCAUCCUGGCCUCAGUGUUCAACCUGGCCUAGGUGGUCCGGAAACAACUGGGACCAGUAAAGAAGGACCCGUAAAGACUGGUACCAUCGGCCCCCAAGCACCGAGCGUCCUGCUCCAUCCCGUCGCACCUAUGCCUCAGAAGCCAAGCUUGCCACUUACGCCGCCUCUAAACCAAAAUCUUCCGCAGCAACCACCAACGACUCAAAAAAUGGGGAUAAGUGAAGAAGGACCCGUAAAGACUGGUGCCAUCGGCCCCCAAGCACCGAGUUUUCCAGUCCUUCCCGUCGCCCCUGUGCUUCAGACGCCAAGCCUGCCACUUACGCCGCCUCUAAACCAAAAUCUUCUACAGAAACCACCAACGACUCAAAAAAUAGGGACAAGUGAAGCAGGGCCCGUAAAGACUGGUACCAGUGGCCCCCAAGCACCGAGUGUCCCGCUCCAUCCCUUCGCACCUAUGCCUCAGAAACCAAGCUUGCCACUUACGCCGCCUCUAAACCAAAAUCUUCUACAGCAACGACCAACGACUCAAAAAAUAGGGAUAAGUGAUGAAGGACCCGUAAAGAGUGGUACCAUCGGCCCCCAAGCACCGAGCCUCCCGGUCUAUCCCGUCGCACCUGUGCCUCAGAAGCCAAGCUUGCCACCUACGCCGCCUUUCACCCAAACUCUUCUGCAGCAACGACCAACGACUCAAAAAGGAGGCACAAGUAAAGGAGGAGCUUUAAAAACUGGUACCAGUGGCCCUCAAGUACCCAGCCUCCCGGUCAAUCCAGUCGCACCUGUGCCUCUGAAGCCAAACUUGCCACCUGUGUCACCUCUAAACCAAAUUGUUAUUCAGAAGCGCCCAACGAUACAAAAAAUAGAGUCCCAGAUCAUUACGGGCAGCCAAGCCAUUCGCAAAGGAUCACUCAAUGAUCAGCGAUUAGUCAAAAGAAUUCAGAAGGGAGGAAAUGAGGGUAUUCAAAUGUCUGUCAGCGAGGACGAACUCCCUCUUCCCACGGGACCCCUUAACGAACCUCCUCUGAAGGGUUUUUCUUUGACAACGCUUCCUAACCUUCCGACAAUGGCAAAGUUACCUGGUCUACUUAAAAUCAAAACAGUGCGGAAGUAACAAGCUUGAAACAGUUCGCCCUCUUCAUGGAAAAUACCUGCACCGUCGUUCCAGAUUUUCCCGGGCAUACGUCUAUAAAAAUAACUAACCCUAAAUAAUGAAACCUUGUAAUUCUAUCCUUGAUUCGUGAAUAAUCACCCAGCCAUGAACUGAUGCGGCCGUUUAGCCAGAACUACGAUGAACCAGUAGAGAAUAACAACCACAUGGUACUCCAAAGUCAAGAUGGGAGCCGACAGAUGGAAACACAGAGCGGGAUAGGUUGAAAGAACAGGAGAAAGUGCCUCAGACAGGCUGGGCGACGUUUCGAUAGGAUAACGCAUCUUUGUCGAAGGCGCCUUGCCAUCCUUGGUGUGCUAGAUUAAGGGGUUAGUGUUCUCGUCAUGCCCAGCGGUGGCGCUUGUCGCUGCUGGUAAUUGCUGCCUC